AUGCAGGAAGCAGCUGGAGUGCUGAAGGAGGGCUUCCUCGUCAAACGGGGACACAUUGUUCGUAACUGGAAAGUGAGAUGGUUUGUUCUGCUUCAGGAUAAGCUGCUGUAUUACAAAAUUGAAGGAGGCAAGAAGGAGCCUUCUCCAAAGGGCAGGAUCCUUUUGGAUGGCUGCACUAUUACUUGUCCAUGCCUGGAAUAUGAAAACAGACCGCUACUCAUCAAGCUAAAGACAAAAACCAAUACAGACUACUUCCUUGAAUGUUGCUCCAGGGAGGAGCGAGACUCUUGGGCUUUGGACAUCACUGGAGCUAUUCAUGCUGGUCAUCCAGUACAGGUACAAGAGCUUCACAGAAUGAAGAACUCUUUCCAACUGCUAGAGAAUAUCAGCCUCCAUAACAUAGUGGUGAGAAUGUGUGACAGCAGUACUGGAAUUAAACUAACCCGCAACUUGCAACAAGGCAACAGAUACAAAGAGACUUUCACAGGUUCUGCCCUGGUGGACUGGCUCAUCUCCAAUAGCUUUGCUGUGUCACGAUUUGAGGCCAUCACCUUGGCAUCCAUGCUGAUGGAGGAGAACUUCAUCAAGCCUGUGGGAACCCGCAGCACUGAGGCCACACGCUUCAGCAACCUCUCUGAGCAGUUCCUCGAUGACUCUACCGCACUGUACAUGUUUGCUGAGAGCAGUAAGAAAAACAUCAGUUCCAAGGAAGAGCUACAAUUUAACAUCUCUGAAUUAAGCGGCACAAUUAUGAAGCAAGGGUUCUUAGUGAAACAGGGGCACAAGAGGAAAAACUGGAAGGUGAGGAGAUUUGUUUUGAGAGCUGAUCCUGCUUUUUUACACUACUAUGACCCCACUAAGGAAGAAAACAGGCCAGUAGGUGGAUUUUCUCUUCGUGGCUGUCUUGUGUCAGCUCUGGAGGAUAAUGGGGUCCCAGCAGGAGUGAAGGGCAAUGUGCAAGGCAAUCUCUUCAAAAUCAUCACCAAAAAUGACAUUCAUUAUUAUAUCCAGGCCAGCUGCAAGGCAGAGCGAGCACAGUGGAUUGAGGCAAUUAAACCACUGACAUGAGUAAGGCGGACUCCAUGCCAAAUGAUGAGUCACAUUUGUGACCAAGUUUCCUGCUCUCAUUGUCCGGGACUG